UAUUGGAACGGUAGUGACAGGGGUUACCAGAUUGUCUGCAUACCUGAACGAAUUUUUAAAGAUGCGAUUAAAAAUGUCAUGAAACCUUCUACAAAAAUGACGACAGAUGUUGAUAGGAACUCCCAAAUGGCAUCAGAACAGGCGAACAGUGAUAUCAGUACUCAUGAGGGUAAUUCCAAAUGGUUGGAUGCACACUUUGAUCCAGUGGCCAGUCUCUACACAUUCUCAUCAUGUAUGGCCUUUUCUGACAUCAAUGGAGAUGGUGAGAACAAGCUGGUUAUCGCAGACCUGGGUACCGGUUCCGCCAACAUGAAGCUGAAAGUGUACAAGGGAACCAGUCUCAUGAGUGAGAACGCCAUCAUUGAGCUGCCCACUGGGGUCAGUACGUUCUUCAUGGACACCAAUGAACCCCGAGUACCAGCUAUCGCAGUUGCGUCCGGCCCCUACCUGUAUGUUUAUAAGAACCUGCGGCCCUACUUCAAGUUUACCCUGCCUCCGUUGGAUGUGAACCCAGUGGAACAGGACCUGUGGAAUCAAGCUAAAGAGGACAAGAUUGACGUGACAGUGCUGCGGGAAAUGCUGGACAGCAUCCGACGCGAAGGAAAUGAAGGAGCGCUGACAGUCAGAUCUCUGAGAUAUUUGAUGUUGCCAGACAAAGAGCAGAUGGAGAGCUUUGCUAAUCUGCAUAAACAGACGACCAUCAAAAGACAGACGGUGAUAACCUGCAUGGAUACCCUCAAGAAGUCCUCCGCUGAUGAGGAUGCCAUCAGUUGCAUCGUAGCCGGCACAGAGAGCAAAGAAGUCUACAUACUGGACCCUGAAGCAUUCACUAUUCUUGCAAAGAUGUCUUUACCCAGCGUUCCUGUGUUCAUGAGCGUGAGUGGUCUUUACGAUGUCGAGUUUCGCAUCAUCAUCUCCUGCAGGGAUGGCAACAUCUAUGCCCUCAAAAGAGGUAUGAAGAUUGCCAAGCACUGUGUGGAGCUAAACAGUCAGCCCGUCGGUCUGGAAAGAGUCGGCAAGAACAUUGUGGUGGGUUGCAUGGACCAGACGCUGCAGUGCUACACAAUGAAGGGCAAGAAGCUGUGGACAGUCUACCUGCCAUCCAGCAUCACCACCAUGUCCAUCAUGGACCACAGACAGAAGGGCUUCAAAGCUGUCAUGGUGGCGCUAGAUAACUGUGAGGUGCACUUCUACAGAGAGAAGUACCUCAUUAACACCAUCAAGUGUGGGGACGUGAUCACGGGCCUGCAGUACGGCCGCUUUGGCCGCGAGGACUGCACCUUGGUCCUGACCACGCGACACGGCGGUCUGCUCAUCAAGAUCCUGAAACGCAGCGCCAUGUUUGAAGACAAGGAUACAGUCAGGGGCCCGCCUCCCGCACAAACACAGAAACUCAAUGUGCCCAAGAAGACCAAAGUGUUCGUAGACCAGACUAUGAGGGAAAGGGAAAAUGGAAUAGCCAUGCAUCGCAUGUUCCAGCAUGACCUGUACCGAUUGCGGCUCAACACGGCCAGGUCGUUUGUCAAGUCUCUAGACAACAGGUUGACACCAAUCUCCUCCAAUCCUGCUGAGCCGCUCAAACUAUCUGCACAGAUCCAAGGCAUCGGGCCUACCUUCAAGCUGACAGUGAAUCUACAGAAUACGUCCAUCAAUAACCCCUCCAUGCAGCUUCUGAUCACAUUCCUGUAUGACGAGAAACUCUAUUCCCUCCAGAAGACUAUGAUAGAGGUUCCGAUGCUGGUCCCGGGACUCAACUACUCGUUUGAGACGCUGGUCGAGUGUCUGAGUGACAAGGGCAUCUCAGACGUCAUCAAGGUGUUUGUCCUGAGGGAGGGACAGAGUAUUCCUAUCAUAACGGCCGUCAUUAGUAUGCCAGUCAGUGAAACCAUGGUGGUCGUCUAGUCAUCCACCUUCGCGCUCCCCUCCCCAACCCCCUUGUUGGCUCGGAUGACCUGAAGCGAAAUCGUGUGUCGGUUGGCGUAAUGUCACAAAGAAUAGCACCAUCAUUGUUCAGUCAUGUCCAGUCGACUUUUAACUACGUUCCCAUUGGGUGAUUCGCCCGUACCCACGGCCCAAGCAGGGCGCUGGGAAGGGCUUAUUUUCUUCUGGAUGUAUGACGUAAUUUCUUCAAGCCCUCAUUAGAUAGAAUGUGUUUGAACACUAACACAGGUUAAGCUUUCCACCCACACUUAACAUGUGCACACAGAGUGUAUGUGCAUUGGCGUGGAUGGCUGGCGCACAGAAUGUACAAGAAUAUAAGCAAACUCCUAAGUUUCACCCAUUUUCUGGAUGUAAAAAAUGUGUGUAGUGUAUACAAUCAAUUGCAAAAUUAAACAUGAAUUGUAAUAAUUGAAAAUCUGGAAACUGAUGAUUCAGUGCUGUGCUGCACACCAUCAGAUCUACUGCUUGAGUGAUCAUGGUGUCAUUGUUACUUUUGACCCCAUUAUACUUUUGCUCCCUUUUGUUCCACACUGGGUCAAAACAUCAACGAAAAAAACCAGCCCAACAAGCAAACAACCCCAACACCCCUAAAAAACCAACAAACAAACAAACAGCCUAACAAACAAACAAAGGGUCACUGCAUUUGGUUUCGCUUUGAAUACUCUGCUGGCCUAUUUUUCUAGGGGGAUUAAUACAAGUGUAUAUGUGUGUGUAUAUAAUUGGUGUGAAAUAAAACCUUUAGAAGACAA